CAUAGUAACCGUUUGUUUUGUUACAUUUUAAGUGGCGCUAGAGGCAGAGGACGUCAAUAGUGACAGCUAACUAGCUACAUUUGGGGCUUUAAACCCGCACAGAACAAGUUCUCCGCCACAUUUCUUCUGCCUACCUGCCUGCACUCUCAGUGAGGGACCACCAGUGGAGAACGAUGUCUGUCCCAGGUCGCAAUCCCCAUCUGGGUGGUGGACCCAACUUAGUGAACAUUGAGGUUAUGAGGAACCACUCUGAGCUCUUCAGAGCCGAAUGUAUGAGGCUGAUCUCUGAAGCUGACAAAAGCUGCAAACGCUUGCAAAACAAUGAUAACAAGCAACUAGAUCAGAGGGUCAGAGACAUCCAGUUUCUGAAGAAGGAGUUGGAGCUGAAGUUGGAGGAGAUUAUUCUGGAUAUUGAUGUCCUCAUAGCGUUGCAGAGCAGAGUGGAGAAAGCCCUGGAGGCCUGCAAAGACCCUCUGAGAGUCACCGUCCUCUGUCUGGAGGAGAGAAUGAAACGUCUCCCUUCUGAGAGGCUGCAUGACGAGGUGGACAGAGAGCUGCUGAAGGAGAGGGAGGCUAUUGAGGGAGUGGCUUCCCUUCUGCAGCGUGUAAUAGAGCAGACCACUGAGCAGAUACGAUUAAACCGAUCAGCCAAGUACCAGCUAGAGAAGGAUCUGAAGGAGAAAUAUGAGGCUCAGUGCAUCGACAACUUCUGUGCCUCGAUGACCACCCAUUCCAUCGAGAACCUGCAGCAGUCCAAAAACACCAAAACUGUUCUGCCUAGCUUGACAGUGACUCCAAAGCAGUGGGAGAACAUCUCGGACAUCAACAUAGCCAAAGCAGAGCAGCAGAAGAACAACUCUCUGUCCCUGCGGGCCCUGGUGGAGGCUCUCCUGGAGCAGACGUCCGCUGACAUGCAGAAGCAGUUCCAGGCCACAACGGCAGCCUUUCAGCAGAACGUCCAGGAGAUCAAGUCUGCCAAGAGCCAGAUGGAGGAUCAGCUGGCCAAGAUUCUGUUAGAGUUUGCCAGCCAGCAGAGGAUCAGUGGGGAUCUCCAAGUGGCAGUCACAGAGAAUGAACAUGCUCUGGGUUUGGCCCAGGCCCGGCUGGCUUUGCGCCGCCAGCGGCCUGCCAAAGAGCAAUGCCACGAUCCAGCACAGUCCCGGCUCCUGGCCGAGGUCCAGCAGCUCGCCUUUCAAAUCAGCAAACUGCGUGAGGCAGUGGCCCAGUCAGAGAAGGAGCAGAGGGCUCUGGUUCGCUGCCAGCUGGAGCUGCAGAAAAACAUCGAGAUCAAGGCCAACUCUCUCUACAUUGACGAGGUCAUCUGCGCCCAGCACAGGGAGCCCAUCAUCAUACAUAACUUCUGAACAGUCAGCAACUGCAGGGGUCUACAUAGUAUUUCUUUCAAAAUACACCUAUAUAAAAUUCACUUCAAAAUAUUAUGUGUGAAUCUACUAGUUCUCUUUCACAUUUUCAAAGUUUCAAAUAGUGUUUUCUUCACUUCACUCUAAGGUCUUAAGUGUGAGAGCUGUAUGAAACUGUGAGUGAUGGUUACACUGUGUGUGUUACACUGAGCUACUCAUGAAAGGCUUAAAUUUACUUAAUAUACAAAAGCUUUCAUUUUUAUUCUAAAAUGAGCUGUGGUAGAAUUGAUUAUUUAUCUUUGUUGUUCUAUUAAAGCUGCAGUAGGUAACUA